UGAGCAGCAGCAGCAGAGUGAGCUGAACUUCACAGGGAGAAGUGUGUGUCCAUCACGAGUGGACGAGAGAGGCCACCGGGCACCGAGGGGACGCUCUUCUGGUGAGAGGACACUGAGUUGUCUGUGUUGAGAGAAGCCCGGAGUGGAGCCCGGAUCCUGGGACUGAAUAAACCCCCCACAGUCACCGACGCCCCCCCUGCCUCCUCCGGUUGACCAGAGCAAACUGUCCUGAGCCGGACAGUGUCCUCGUCUCUGUCCUCUGCCUCCACAUGUUCCUUCAGCUGGAGCGGAGGGCAAGGCACGCAGCCUGCCAGCCGGGGUCAUGAUCUCCGUGACGGGGAUGGCGUUCAAGAGGAAGCUGGUUCUUGCCGUGUUGACCGCCGGCUCCCUGCUGUGUGUUUACAUCCUGUGUGUGAACCUGGAGGGGUCCUGGUCCAUAGAGCCUCUGAGAAACUUCCAUGGCUUCAGCCAGAAGCCAAACAGCAGCUCAGGAGACUCUGAGGAGCCUCAGGACAGAAGGAACAGCAGUGAGCGGUGGAGCCAUCCCUCACCGGCCUCCACCCGUCACCCAGAGCAUCCCUCUGCAGCCGCUCUGCAGAAACACACACGUGCACACACUCCGCCUCCAACCUCAGAGACUCAAACAGCCGCCGGGCCGCAGGCAGCCGCUAGGGCCACGUCCAGGCCUGAAGCUGUGGGGGGGACCCGGAGCAGCACCAGAGGCCCCACAACCCCCCAGUCCACUGAGUCUCCCUUCAUCGGAGACACACACUACAUGGGUGAAGACGUCCCUGCACAGACGAACUGCACCGACGGCGUCAGAAGCCGAGUCGCUCAGACACGGUUUGGUGGACGGUUCCUGAGGCGUGUCCCGGUCCUGCAGUGGGCCAAUCACGUGAGCCGAGACCAGUACCAGCGUCUGAGUCAGUACUCAGGACCUCAUGGCUGGGGGGGGGUCGACUACAACACGCUGCUGGAAACUCUCUCCGUCCUCAACUCCUCCGCUAACGGGCGGAUGCUGGACGACUGGAGCCGCCGCAGCAACGGGUCCUCGUGCUCCCGCUGCGCGGUGGUGGGGAACGGGGGGAUCCUGAAGGACUCAGGGAGAGGGCCGGAGAUCGACAGCCAUCACUACGUCUUCAGGACCAACGGGGCGAUCCUUAAGGGCUUUGAGCAGGAUGUGGGGUCUCGCACCACCCACUACACCUUCUCCACCAACACCUUGAUGAACUCCAUGUCCAGCUACGCAGGACUGGGCUUCACGGGACCGCCGCUGUCUCAGGAAACACGAUACGUCUUCCUGCCCGACCAGGAGCGGGACUACCUGCUGAUGAAGGCUGCAGCCACGCACACCGCGGUGGAGCGAGGGCCAGAGCGAACCAAAGAUCCCACCAGAUACUUCGGACAGGACGUGACCGCGGAGAAGCUGAAGAUGUAUCAUCCAGACUUCGUCCGUUACCUCAGGAACAGAUUCCUUCGAUCCGGGACUCUGAAAACACAAUACAAGAACAUCUACCGCCCCACGACCGGCGCCGUGAUGCUGCUGGCGGCUCUGCACUCCUGUGACCAGGUGAGCGCCUACGGCUUCAUGACCCCGGACUUUAAGAACUACUCUGACCACUACUACGACAAGACCUACCACCCGGUGGGCUUCUUCGUGAACCACGACAUGCGCAUGGAGCUGACUCUGUGGCAGCAGCUGCACCAGGCCGGCCUCAUCACCCUCUACAUGCACAAGUGAAUUCAGGUCGACAGGAAGUUACCUCAUCAGGUCUCUGGUCACGCUACGAGCACGAGGCAGGAAGUCGGUUCACGAUUCUCUGAACUGAGCAAAGUUAGCAAGAAGCAGAAGUUUUUCUUUUUAAUGAAGGAAGCAUUAUUUUUUUAAAGGUCAGCUGCUGUGAUAGUUUUAAUUUUUAGUUUAAUUUAUCAAAGACGUGUCUUUUAAUUACCUUUUCCAAGAGAGCUAGGGUUCGGUGAUUUGUAGAAUGAAUCAAAUUGGAUAAACAAACAAAUUUUCAUGAUCCCCAGAGGAUAGAUCCACUGAUUUCUCAUGGAGCGCCAUCUUCAGGUCACUUUUUUAAUUUUGUUUAUGAAUAUAGGAAUUUUUUUAUAUCUCUACAGUUGCCAGAUCAGAGACUUCAAAGGAAGAUGGACGACAUGUCUCUUUCUUCACAAAUCACCAAACUCUAGUUCAGGAGUUGACUGGCGCUCGGUCUUCUAGCUUCUUGUUGUGGUGCAGUGUGUUGACGAGUCGGCUGCUCAGUCGGCCUCUUGAUAAGAUCUGUCCCGGCCCUAAAUAGACGUCUGGACGCUGCUGGCAGUGACCGGCCGAGUCGGAGAUGGGCCAACAUCUCUCUCUCUCUGUGUGUGUGUGUGUUUACUGUAAGACGUUGGAUGGGAACACAAAUCAAACCUCUGCGAUCAUGAAGCUUUCUGGGACCUCUGAGUUUCUUCACUUUUCGGGACUUAACUUACUUCUCUCUGGUUUCUGGACGAGGUGCCUCAACGGGACGACCCACGCCUCUGUGCCUUCUUAAUGUGAAUCAGUAACUGGGGGGGGGGGGGGGGGGUUCAGGACGUUUCCACCAUGACGGCCUUUUCUCUGUGUUUGGAGUUCGAUGCCGUUGCCAAGGACUCGUCUGGAGGAACGUGUUCGUUCACGCUGCUUCACCCGGACGCCGCUCUGAUCCGUGACAAUAAAGGUCCAAGUUCAUCCAGAGUUAUUGAUCCAUCUCAGACCGAACUCUUAUCAUUAAAUAGAUGAUUUCAUGGUGUUCGAAUCAUUGAGGAUAAACUGUAGAUCUGAGGGAAGAAACCAAAGACUCACUGUAAAUCAGGGGAAUGUAAUGAAAUGUACUUUAUAAGUAACACAUCUGUUUUUACGAAGUGUCGUGGGAUGAAGGGGAAAGCUUUGAUGUGCAAUCUCAUUUUUUUAUUAUGACCUUUUUUUAAAUCUGUAUAAAAGCAAACUGUGAUUUUA